UUCAUUUUCAACGAAAAAGCCAGUGGAGGCGAGCUUACCAAAUGUGCAGUGGGCCAAUCCAACCUCAGCUCGGUGGCGUAUGAGCGAUGGGGCCGCGUCCACGAGCUCGGUCCAGUCAAGCUUCAGAGCCCAUACACAACCUCCAUUGGCAUUUUGCAGCUGCUACCCAGCUCAGUGCCAUCCCCGGAGUUCCCACAAGCCUGGCCAUUUUUCAGCUGCACAGAACAUCAAUGGCCUUCUAACGAUAUCCCACUUCUCGCUCUCUCUCGCUCUCGCUCUCUCUCUCUCUCUCUCUCUCUCUCUCUCUCUCUCCCUUUUCGUCGAUGGAUCCUUCUCCUGUAUCUCGCCGGAGCCGCAGGCAACCAAACAAAUCUGACCUCUACUCGACGGUCGUUAUCCAUGGCGACGACGGCGAGGAGGAGGAGGAGCAAGGAUACCUCCAACGACAAGAAGAGGAAGCGGAGGAAGAGGAAGAAGACAUCUAUGCCACCAUGCUUUACAAAGACGACCAAGACGACGACGACUCCUCCCUCCCUCCUCUCCUCAAACGCGUGCCCAAGGACUUCGGGGCCGCUAUUGACUACGACGACGACCGCCGCAGCCGCAGCCGCAGUGGCGAUUUCGGUACCAUGAUCGUCAAAACUACGCGCAAUAGACCUUCGUCUUCGUCUUCUGUGUCGUCGUCGCGGAAGCCUCGUAGUUCGCCCCUCAAUUAUGCGAGUCCGAGGAAGACGAUGGAUGCCGACGACGGAUUCUCGACUUUCGUGGUGAGAUCUACUGUUCGUGGUGACAGUGAGUCGGUUAGUGGGACGGUUGUGCGUAGAACUGGUGGUAGUGGUGCUGGUGAUGUUGGAGGGUCAGCGAUGAGUAGGGCGGUGGCAAGCAUGCAGGCGUCGGAGGAGUUAGGGUUCGGGAAACAGAGGAAGCGGAGCGGUUCUUCUCAGGGAGAGGAAGGUCGACAGCUCACCAAGAUCUCUUCUAGCUCUAUACCGGAUAGUGUUACGAAGGAGGAUCCUUCAACUAAGUACGAAUUGCUUAACGAGCUUGGAAAGGGUUCUUAUGGGGCUGUAUACAAAGCUAGAGAUAUAAGAACUUCAGAGCUGGUUGCUAUCAAAGUUAUAUCAUUAUGUGAAGGGGAAGAGGGGUAUGAAGAAAUUCGUGGUGAAAUUGAGAUGUUGCAACAAUGUAGUCAUCCAAAUGUUGUCCGAUAUCUUGGGAGCUACCAAGGAGAAGAGUACCUAUGGAUAGUAAUGGAGUACUGUGGAGGUGGAAGUGUUGCAGACUUGAUGAACACUACUGAGGACCCUCUAGAGGAGUACCAAAUAGCGUAUAUUUGUAGAGAGGCAUUGAAGGGUCUAUCUUAUUUGCACUCAAUUUUCAAGGUGCACAGAGAUAUUAAGGGUGGUAAUAUCUUGUUAACAGAACAAGGAGAGGUCAAAUUGGGUGAUUUUGGCGUUGCAGCGCAACUGACAAGGACCAUGUCAAAGCGUAAUACGUUCAUUGGCACCCCUCAUUGGAUGGCUCCAGAAGUUAUUCAGGAGAGUCGUUAUGAUGGAAAGGUGGAUGUUUGGGCACUUGGCGUGUCUGCAAUUGAAAUGGCAGAGGGUCUUCCUCCAAGAUCAACAGUGCAUCCAAUGAGGGUUCUCUUCAUGAUAUCUAUCGAGCCGGCUCCAAUGCUUGAGGAUAAAGAAAAAUGGUCUCUUGUGUUCCAUGAUUUUGUUGCAAAAUGCCUCACAAAGGAACCACGUCUACGGCCUACUGCGUCUGAGAUGCUAAAGCACAAAUUUAUUGAAAAAUGCAAAUGUGGAGCUUCUGCUAUGUUGCCGAAGAUUGAAAAAGCUAGGCAAAAUCGGGCUUCAAUGGCUCUGCAAGCUCAAAAUCUUACUCCAGGGACCUGCUUAUCAAGUGAUGGUCUCAUGGAAGGUCCAAAAUUGAAUGAGGAUUAUGGAGAUACUGUUCCGUCAAAGCCUCAGAAAGUUGAGCUUCAAGUUACAAAUGAAGUAUCGACAGUUAGGGUUUUUGGGAAGCAACAAGUUUCUAAUGAUGUGGAACUGACCGGAGAAGGUGACUUUAGGACUGUAAUAGUUCAUGGCAGAGUUGAAAUAGAUCAGAACAAUAUUCAAACAGGAGUUUCAAGUGCAGAAAAACCCUCACCUGCUCUUAAAAAUGUUGAGAGCUCUGCUGUUAGUAGCACAGGAGACAAAUCAGUGGAUCCCUGGGUGGAGAAGACUGUUGCUGCAAUAGGACAAUCACAUCCUGGUGCGCAGAUGAUUCAGAGCUCCUCUGCUUCAAUACUUGCCUCUCCUGAUCAAAACCUGAAGAUGAAUAGCAUUUCUCAGGCUCGUGGGAGAGAUGAUAGUGGUGUGAGCCAUAGCUUAUUGAAAAACGAGACUGUUGGCCGGAAAUCCUUUGCUUUGCAAGAUAAGCUUUGGUCCAUAUAUGCAGCUGGUAAUACAGUGCCCAUCCCAUUCUUGCGGGCAACUGACAUAUCCCCAAUUGCUCUUUUGUCUGACAAUGGGCUGGGGGGUAGACAGCGGGAUAAUAGUGGAACAAUAGCUGCAGAAGCAGUGCAGGAGCUUUUUACGGGUGAUGGGCAGUCUAAGAAGGGGCGAAGGGGUCAAAAUGAGAUGCCCCUUCCUUCAAGUGUGUACCAGAGACUCACUUCAAGUUCAACGCUACUGAAUCUAGCACAGGCUUUAGCUUACCACAAAAUGUGUUACGAAGAGAUGCCACUCCAGGACAUGCAAGCAGCACAUGAGCAACAGACUAUUCAGAACCUUUGUGAUACACUUCGGACUAUUCUUCGGUUAUAGAUGGUCAUUCUCAGCGGGAAAUGUAUUUUAUUCGAUGUAUGAUUUUGAUACCUUGUCCUUUUUUAGCUUUGAUUUGUAAAGCUUUGGGAAGAGGGAAGGCUCUUCGGCACUGUAUAUCGUGUACAUAAUGUCAUUUUGCUACAGCACUGAAUGAACAAAAAUUCGUUAAUUUGAACUGAA